GACACUUACAGACACUUACACUUACAGACACUUAGACACGUACAGACACACAGGCACUAACACUUACAGACACUUAGACACUUACAGACACUAACACAGACGGGGUUCAUCGUUGAACAAAGUGCGUCUGCGAAGUUCCAACGCCCCUUCUGGCAGUGGAGUUGAACUAUCAUGUCUGGCCACCGGUGCCCCCACGCUUCCUGCUGUCAUCUGGAACCUGCUCCCACCGGGGUGCACCAGACCCUGGAUGAGAUGGACUUUGAGCGCGGAAUCUGGUCAGCAGCUGGUGAAGGGGACCUCGAUAGAGUGGUGUCUCAACUGAAGAAGGGGACUGAUCCAAACAAGACUGAUGCUUCUGGCUACACUGCACUACACUACGCCAGCCGGAAUGGGCAUGAGGCAGUCUGCCGGGCGCUGCUGUCCCAUGGGGCACUCGUGAACGCGCAGACGCCGGGGGGAGCCACUGCACUGAGCCGAGCGGCGUACUGUGGCCACGGUACCAUUGUGUCACUUUUGUUCAAGCACGGAGCUGACUGCAGACUUCGUGACAGCGAUGGAAUGACUGCGCUUCACAAAGUGGCAGAGGGAGGGCAUUUAUCAGUCUGUAAAUUGCUAGUCCAACAGCAACCUGAUUUGAAGGACAUUGUUGAUAACAAGUGCAGGAAGGCCUGCGAUCUAUUGAAAGAAGAUUCUGAACUCAAGGCCCUUCUUUCUACAGGUUGAAUUGAUUUGGUAUUGAAGAUAGGCAUAUUUCUAUAAGUAUAUAAUAACAUGGACCAUAUUUCUGACAUUGGAUAUUAAUAUAUGAGAAAUGCUUUAGAAAUGCAUAGAAGUGACAUGGUGAUUUUGACUAAAACAAUUUGACAAUUAGUUGUCAUGUAUCAUCAUUGAAGAGACCUGCAUUUAUUUAGUAAAGGCAAGUGUUUGAUCUUCAUUCCAAAAUUAGAGGACAGCACACCAAUCUAGAAUAGGUCAAGAAAGGAGGAAGAAGGCCUGGGAGAUGAAUGGACUCUGCCGCAUUCUAAUAAUCUCCUGGACAGCCCACCAGACAAAAAAGUCAAUCCUCGAUUAUACAGGCAACCAAAGUGUAUUUCGUGAGUAGAUUAAGAAGAUGGUGUUUCUGGGACACGUCCUGUGGAAACCCUGGAGACUGCCCGGAGAAGAUGAUUGUUCAAGGUUCAGUCCCCCAAGAAAGUGAGGCCGACCAGAAGAACGUGGAUUGAUGAUGUAACUGCUUUGGACAAGGCUCAGUAUGGGAAAACGCGCAAGAACUGCUGAACACAGAGCCCUGUGACGUAGUAGAGUCCAUCUCACGGCCAACCCUUGGGUCAAGGAAGACCAGAAAAUGGAAUUCUGGUCCCACAGACGUGUGAUGUAGAAUAAAAAAAAAGUAUAACAAUUCAUAGAAUAUGGCAGCAUCCAUUUUUUUAAUCAAUGUAAAACCAGCACUUUCAUGGGCUUUAAAACACACAAUUUUUUGUUUACAUUUGGUUAAAAAGCUUAUUUAAACUAUGUAACAAAUUGCAUUUCAAAGUGUAAAAUUGUAUUUCAUGUCAUUAAAUCAUCUGUUACUUUGUUCCCUGA